CUCGUUUUAGUCGGAUCUUAUCCUCUUCCUCAAUCUGAUAAUCGUGUUGGUUCAUGUGUGGAAGUUCUCUAAGAACAACAGAAAAUUUCAAAAUGGUUUCUCAGAUAAUCUCGUGUUUAUCUCAAUCUUCGUCUCUUCUAUGUUUAUCCGAUUCAAGGAGGUUAAUUCUUCCGAAGACUUGUACUUACGGCGGUUUGAGCCGGUUUUCUCCAGGAUUUGCUAGCCGCCGGUUAUUUACGGUUAAUCGGAAGAAAUGGAGAUCGGCCUGCAUUUUCAACUCUGGAAAGGAACCUGGAGGAGAGGGAAAGUUACAAGGAGGUAGCUCAGAGUGGCCGAUACUUCAGAGAUGGGAAGUUCCAUGGGGAUGGCAGACAGUUUCGUUAACUUCGUUUGCUUGUGCACUAAGGUACUCUCAUCAAAAGCUUUCCCUUUUGAUGACUUUAGGGUUGGAGUUUGAUGAAAGUACAUAGACUGUGUGCUAAGAUAAAUGUGAUGGUUGAGUAGACUGAUCUGAAAGAUAAUCUCUCUGUUAUGGUUAAAUAGUUUAAUGUUCAGUGACUAUUCUCUGUGUAAUGCAUGGAGUGAGAUUAAUUUUGUUCCCAGGCAGUUUUGUUUUGACAGGAUUAACCGAGAUGGCAGUCAUACCGUUUUUAGGAAUCGACGUUGAGAAACUGACCUUGGACGAUAAGGCGGAGAUUUUGUUCCUGGAUCAAGGCCUAACAACCGCGGUGGUACUUGCUGUCAUAUUCACUGUUGCCAAAACCUUCGACCCACUUCCUGAAGAUAUUCUUCGCUAUGAUUUGAGACAACCCGUCAACCUGCAAAAAGGAUGGCUUGUGUGGGGUGGAAUCGGUCUGGUUGGUGCUGUUGGUGCUAUUGCGUUAACAGGUGUUGUUUUAUCCGUGUUCAGGACAGAAGCACCUGAAAGGGAGGUAGACUCUUUGAUGAAGCUUCUUCCAUUAAUUGGAUCCUCAAACAUAAGCACCUUAAGCUUAGUGGGCAUAACUGGAAUCCUUGCUCCACUUCUGGAGGAGACCGUGUUUCGCGGAUUCUUCAUGGUCUCUCUUACCAAAUGGGUCCCGACCCCAAUAGCGAUCAUCAUCAGCUCAGCUGCGUUUGCCCUUGCCCAUUUCACACCUGGUGAAUUCCCGCAGCUGUUUAUUCUAGGAAGUGUUUUGGGAUUAUCAUAUGCACAAACCCGCAAUCUCAUUACCCCAAUGGUCAUACACGGUUUCUGGAACUCGGGAGUUAUUUUGCUACUCACUUUUCUUCAGAUCCAAGGGUAUGACAUUAAGGAGCUAUUGCAGGCAAACUAGCUCUGAGCCAUGCUCUUUGUGCUGUCCGCAUUUAACAUCAAAAAGCUUCAUUAUGUGCUCGAUGUUAGUAAGAUAUUUUGUAUUCGAGAACAGAUUUCAUACUUAAUGCAAUUUGGGUUUUGGUAGAGUUAUCUUUAUUACAACAUCAUGACAGUAAUGUAUGAACUAAUAUGGUAGAGAUGAAUCUUUUUGGAACAAAAAACAAAUUUAUUUACACAGAUUAC